AUGUCUGACUCCGACGACGAGGUCUUGAGCUUCAAGCGGAAGCCCUUGGGCGAGGCGGCCCAUGCAGCGAAACACGGUAGCGACGGCGGAGCGCAUACCGCUGCGCCGCAAAAGCAGCAGCACCAGCCAGCUCCGGAGCGGCCGCAACAGCAGCACGCCGAUAACAACCAGCAGCCAAAGCACCCUGCUGCGCACGCCAACGGCCACGUUGCACACAGCGAUCAUGGACAUGCCACCCACGCCCACGAUCCCACAAGCCCGAAUUCUGAGCGCCCCUCUGCCGACGGCACCGGCGGCAAGCGGGCUUCUGCGGACGGCGGCGACAAGCACGCCUCGGCGGACGGGGGCGCAAAGGGAGCGUCUGCCGAUGGCGGCACCGUCCCCGCGCCCGCCGACGGCGCCGCCGCCAAGCAGCAGCACGCCCGCGACUCCGGCGGCGGCGCCCAAGUCGACGCUGCUGCGGCCGCCAACGGCGGCGGCAAACCGGGCGGCGGCAAGCGCGGCAGCGAUAGUGGGGAUAAGAGGGGCAAGCAGAAAGCAGCGGACGCGGCGGCAGACCCUGAAGUGAAGCCAGAGCAAAAGGAGGAAAAGGGCGCCGCUGACAAGGGGCAGACGAAGCCCAAGGCGGAGCCCAAGCCGAAGGCAGAUGCCAAGGGCAAGCCGCCGGCCGGCAAGGGCGCGACAGCUGCUGCGGCGGCGGCGACGUCGGCAGCUGGCAGGAAGCGCAAGGCAGCGGAGGAGGACGCGCCGGCGCCGAGCAAGGCGGCUAAGAGCGAGCCGUCCGGGGCGGCGGGCGGCAGCCAGACGACGGGCGCGACGGCGGCGACGGGGACGGCGGCGGGCGGCAAGGUCAAGCGGGAGAAGAAGGAUUUUGAGAUGCCGGGGCAGACGCGCGAGACGCCGCUCGAGACCGACGGCGCCCGCAAGUUUUACACGUCUCUCCUGGAGCAAAACCCCAAGAGCGAGAUGGCGCGGAAGUGGUGCUGCAUGCACGGGCUCCUGACCCUGGAGGAAGCUGAGGAUUGGAUGCGGACAUACCGACCAUCAGCGGCGCCGCGCGGCACGCCGCAGAAGGGCGGCGGCGGCGGCCGGGGUGGCAGCGGCGGCGGCGGCAAGGGCGCGGCGCCGGCGAAGCGGGCGUCAGGCGGCGGCGCUAAGAAGCCCGCGCCGAAGCCGCGCGCCGCGCCGGGCAAGAGGAAGAGGGCCGGCGAGGAGGACGAUGAGGACGAUGCACUUUCCUCGGAGCCUGAGUCAGCGGACUCGGAAGACGAGCGGCCAAUUGCAGCGCGCAAGGGCGGGGCCAAGAAGGCGACGCCGCGGGCCAAGCCGGGCCCCAAGCAGAAGCCGGGCCCCAAGGCCAAAGCGGCGGCGGGCGGGAAGCCGAGGGCGGUCGCCGCGAAGGAGCAGCUGUUUGCAGCCGGCGGCGACAGCAGCGACGACGACGUGCCGCUCGCGGCUCGGUUGAAGUGA